UUCGGUUGAUUAGUGUUGCGCCUGUCCAAGACAAGAUCAGUAACGUUCUAGCGAUCAAACUGAGAACAGUUCGGAAUUCGGAAAGAUUGUGACUAAUUCUUCGGUAAUCAAUUGUCUGUGGCUAUCACAGUGAUAAGAAAGGAUGCCGGAGUAUAAGUACCUUUCCGGAUUCGGUUCCCACUUUUCUUCGGAGGACCCUCGCUGCCCCAACUCUCUUCCCGAAGGCCAAAAUUCACCCCAAAAAUGUGCCUAUGGGCUCUACGCUGAACAACUUUCCGGCAGUGCAUUUACUGCUCCCCGAAUCGAGAACACUCGCAGUUGGCUGUACAGGAUUCGUCCAUCGGUCAUCCAUCAACCUUUCGAAAGCUACAAUGUGGCUCCAUUUCUCACUGGAAACUGGGAUGAACAGCAUCCUAACCCAAAUCAAAUGCGUUGGAAUCCGUUUGAUGUUCCUGCAGACACCAACGAGAAAGUGGAUUUCGUAGCGGGACUGCAUACCGUUUGUGGUGCUGGAGAUGUUCGUAGUCGACACGGUCUGGCGAUCCACAUGUUUUUAUGCAACACGUCAAUGCAGGACUCAGCAUUCUACAACAGUGAUGGAGACAUGUUGAUUGUUCCUCAGAAAGGACCACUAGACAUAACCACUGAGUUUGGAAAGCUAUUCAUUCAACCGAACGAAAUUUGUGUCAUUCCACAAGGAAUUCGAUUUAACGUAUCUGUGGAAGGCCCAACGCGGGGCUACAUCUUGGAAGUUUACGAUGGACACUUCAAGUUGCCUGAUCUGGGUCCAAUUGGAGCAAACGGACUUGCCAAUCAGCGAGACUUCCUCUCACCGACAGCUUGGUAUGAAGAUCGUGCCGUCAGUGGAUUCAAGAUAGUAUCCAAAUACCAAGGAGCUUUGUUUGUGGCCACUCAAAACCAUUCGCCGUUUGAUGUAGUAGCGUGGCAUGGCAAUUACGUACCGUACAAAUAUGAUCUAGCCAAGUUUAUGGUCAUCAACUCGGUUAGUUUUGAUCACUGCGAUCCGAGCAUUUUCACUGUGCUGACUUGUCCCAGUACUCGUUACGGAACAGCGAUUGCCGAUUUUGUCAUUUUUCCACCCAGAUGGUCCGUCCAGGAACAUACAUUCAGACCACCGUACUAUCAUCGCAACUGCAUGAGCGAAUUCAUGGGUCUAAUCUUGGGUCGGUACGAGGCGAAGGAGGGCGGCUUUCUACCGGGCGGGGCCUCGCUACAUUCCAUGAUGACCCCACACGGACCGGAUCGGCAGUGUUUCGAAGGAGCAUCGAGUGCCGUUCUGAAACCGGAACGUAUUGCGGAUGGAACCCAGGCGUUCAUGUUUGAAUCGUCCCUCAGUAUGGCCGUUACCAAGUGGGGCGAAGAAACGUGCCAAAAGCUGGACGCGAAGUACUACGAGUGCUGGCAAUCGCUCGAAAAAAAGUUCAAGAUCUAAUCGGAUGGGGCAUUUCGGACGAAACUAAGAAUACAUCAGGGCCAUGAAUUCAUAAGGACAUAAAUGGAAUGAAAUUGUUUGUCUCACUUUUAUUCGUUUCUUUUGAAGCAAUUUUAUAAAAUUUAUUUUCACGGUAUAUCUUCUCUAGAUUCGCUUUAAUACUUAAAGAACUUAAUUUUGUUGCAUUUUACUCCUGCUUUUUUAACUUUAUAUUUUACGUUAAGAAUACACAUUCGCGGUUCGCAUGCUUUUUUCGUAUGUUAAGUAUUCAUUCAACAUAUCAAGAACGGUUUAUUUAUAAUAAUCCAUAGUAUUUUCUAAUCAUUUUGUUUGUUUUUUUUUCUAGUUAAGUUUAAUGUCGUCAUCAAUAUGGUGUUUAUAAUCACACUUUCUUAAGGUUCUGAUUCUUCGUUAUUAUAUUAUACUAUAUCAACCAUAUUACACCUAGAAGUAAUUUGUGAGAAAAUAAAGCCUUUGUUCCGUGCUUA